AUGAAUGUAAAAAACGUCAAAGAUGAUGAGGUUGACACCUUUUGGAGAAAGCAGCUAGCCGAAAUUUCAAGUAUGAGUGUAGAAGAUUUAAGAACCCAUAAUUUACCCAUUUCUAGAAUUAAAAAAAUUAUGAAGGAAGAUGAUGAAAUAAAAAGUAAUCAGAUGGUGUCAGCAGACACCCCUGUCCUAUUGGCUAAGGCCUGCGAACUGUUCAUUAUGGAGUUAACAAAUUAUGCUUGGAAGUUUACCGAAGAGAGCAAACGAAGAACACUGCAAAGGCAGGACGUGAUUUCCGCUGCUUGCAAAAGAGACAUGUUUGAUUUUCUCAUAGACUUGAUACCGAUAGAAGAACGGAUAAAAUUUAUUAAUUUAAAUGUCAGGGGGAACUCCAGGAGGAACAAUAACAGCAGUAGUAGCAGUGGUGAGGGUAGCCAGGGUGGCGGCAAUUAUGGGGGUGGCAAUUAUGGUGAUGGGAACUAUGGUGAUGGGAACUACGGUGAUGGGAACUACGGUGAUGGGAACUACGGUGAUGGGAACUACGGUGAUGGGAACUACGGUGAUGGCAACUAUGGUGAUGGCAACUACGGUGGUGGUAACUAUGGUGAUGGCAACUAUGGCGGUGGAAACCACGACAGCGAUCAUCACAGAGUCGACUUCGACACCGUGAAGCAGUACUACAAUAUGUAUUCGUCGACCUGCAACGACAAGGGCUCCAUGAACUUGCAGGCGCUCAAUGAGGAGCUUGCCCAAAUGGCUGAACUCGCGGAGAAGGAGUUAAAUGCGGCGCAGGCGAUGACUACCGCGAACCUAGCAACAGAGAAUGGGACAACUGCCAACAUGGAAAAACUGCGCGACGCGGCGGAGGAAUUCGCGGCCAGUUUAAAUGCUUUGUACAGAACCAACGAUACGGAUAACGAUAUCAACAAUGCAAACAAUCUAUUCCUCAAUUUUAAUCCAAACACCCAUUUAACAGAGGAGCACUCCAGCUCCAACAGCAAUGACGAAGAGUGCAUGUAUGACGCGCAAGGCUGCGACGAGACGCAUCGCAACAGUCUCAGUAGCAGUGGAAAUCAGUACACACAGGUUAGUGGAAUAGCAAAAUACAACAGUAUAGGUACUUGCAGUAGUAAGAACCAGGGUUCAAAAAGUGAGCAUUUCGGAAACAACAACAUGAAUUCUAAUCAUGUCAAUUUGAAAUCUUAUUCAUCCGUUAAGGAUAAUAUGGAUAGACAGUGCAAGCAGGAGUAUGUAAAAAACAUGAUGAACGGGUCAGGCAAUUCCUACCACGAGGUGCACACGAAGAAGCACACGAAUGAACAGACGAAUGGACACGCAAAUGGACAGACGAAUGGACACGCAAAUGGACAGACGAAUGGACACACGAAUGGUCACACGAAUGGUCACACGAAUGGUCACACGAAUGGUCACACAAAUAGUACACAUACAGAUGGAUCAAUAAAUGGACAUACAAGUAGAACAGUGAACAUUCCUAACACCAUGCAGAGCAAGGAUCUUGUCAAAGGAAACAUUCCAUCCUACCAGAAAUUGCAGGAGCUCAAAAAUAAAUUCGGAUAUGCUAUGCAGACAGUGAAUCUUCCUAAUGUGUCUAAUGUUUCGAACAUUUCUAAUGUGUCAAUUUUGUCGAACGUUUCUAACAUGUCUAACUUGUCUAAUGCAUCGAAUGAUAAUGGCUAUACCGGGGGCAAUGAGUGCAAUGACAACAUCCUUUUAAAUUCUAAUUUGUACUCUACAUCGUUAUCACCUUCGUACAAUGGAAUGGCUUCGACGCACCAUGUGUUGGCUAAGUACAACAUGGUGAAGAACGACGAGAUGAAGGAGUCAGAGAAUGGUGAAAAUAAGCAGGCCGUGCAGGUCCAGCAGAUGAGGAAUGUGAGCAAGAGGGAUGCAUACCCCAACGGAGUGAGCGCCAACUACCAACGAUACCAAUCCGGAAAGAGCGAUGAGAAAUCAAGUGACGACAUGAACUUGGAGCAAAAUUACUUCUAUAAUUACUACCUGCCCGGAGAUAACAAAAUGGGUCCCAACGUAAUAAACAGUUAUUUUCUUAAUGGGAAUCUCAUGAACAACAUGCAAAAUGUAAGUUUAAACGACUCAACCGUUAGAAGGAACAACUCUCCCCCCUCCUGCUCUUCCUCCCUGGAUGACAGAAAUUCUCAAAACGGCCAAAUACCCCAAUUGAUGCCAACACAAAUGAUAACCAACAGCCAAAUUAACAUGUUCGAGAAAAAUAGCAACUCAAAAAGUAAUAACACCAAAAAAGGAAACGCUGCUCUGAACGAUUGUAACAACCCCUCAAUAGAUCGAACAAAUGACAUGAUGGAUUUAAGCAGUAUUCCCACAAAAUCAAAUGUUGAAAUAAAUAAGGACAUGAUAAAUAAUUAUUUCAAAUUGAAUAAUAAUACCAUUACUGCCACCAGCACCACUACAUCUACUGCAGCCACCACGGUAGCCACCAAUAUCAGCGCUAUUCAGAAUCGCAAAAACAAUGGAAAUCACAGCGCACACGAGGUAAAGAGCUCACAUGUUGGUGAUAACCGAAUAAAUGAUGGUCUGCUACACGAAGGGGUACUCAGUGAAGGUCUCCUUAGCGAGGGGUUACUUAGCGAAGGGUUACUCAGCGAGGGGGUACUGAACGAUGGGCAGAAUAACGAGGAUCUGCUCAACGAAGAUCGCGUCAAAGAAGACCUCACGAACGAUGAUUUCCUCAUCGACAACUGCAUCAACGAAGACCGCAUCAACGAAGACCGCAUCAACGAAGACCGCAUCAACGAAGACCGCAUCAACGAAGACCGCAUCAACGAAGACCGCUGCAACGAAGACUUGAUGAACGAUGAGCUUAUAAAUAACGCUCGCCUGCAGAAUAGCAUGUUCAACAGUUCCCAAUUUGACACUUUCCACUUCGAUAGCGCCCAUUUCGAUAGUGCCCAUUUCGAUAGCGCUCAAUUUGAUAGCGCCCACUUCGAUAGCUGUCAAUUCGAUAGUCAAAUAAUGAACAGCCAAAAAGAUAAGAGCCAUCUCCCCAAGAAUCACCCUCCCAAAAGUUCCCCCCCCAAAAGUCCUACUCCCCAAAAUCACCUGCCCCCAAACCGAUUUCCAAACAGCCAUUUAGGUAACCACCACAGUAGCUCCAGAAAUAGCUGCAUAAGUGACCAACCAAAUAGCCAAAAGAACGACCAACUGAAUGACCGUUCGGAUGGCCAUUUGAAUGACUGCAUGACUAGCCGAAUGGCCGAAAAGGCAAUCGACACAAUGAACGAAAUUUUAAAUAGCUCAGAAAGUGGAGUGACAAAAAAUAGCACCAUAAAUAUGGUUAACCAAAAUAUAGACAAGGGCGUCUCAAAUAAUCAUUUAAGUAACAUCAUGCCAGAUGUUAAUUCCACUGUUCAAGAAAAUGUGAAGCUAAAUGUACACUCCAAAAUGUGCGUGAACCCUAAUGCACAGAGCACUCCUUACAAACCGACUCACCAAUUCUCUACGCAAGAAAAUAAUUAUGUUUGUAAUUAUAACUCUCAGCAAUAUCACAACAACAAGGUAAACGAAAAAACACACUCCCUUUUGUGA